AUUUAUUUCGGGAGAUACGCGGAGUGAAGGCAGCGGACGCACCCGCUGUUGGUGAAAAAAGGGUGUGUGUUAAUCGAAAUACCUAAAUAGUUGUUAUGAUUAAUAAUGAUAACAAUAAUAAAGCAUUGAUGGAUUGUUAUUACGAGUAUGAUGAUCAAUUAUUAAUGAUAAAUUAUAACUAAUUGCUGUAUUGAUUACCAGUGAGUGUGUGGUGAAUAAUAUAAGUUGUUAUUUUAAUUUGCAGAACAAGUGCACUCCCGGCCGAAAGUGAUUUGUGGAUUACCAGGGAUUAAAGGUCUUGCCAGUCAAUAGUGCUAAAUAUAAUAAUAAUAAUAAUAAAAAUAAUAAUAAUAAUAUUGUAUUGGAGGUGAGUCCGAGCCAUACAGAGGAGAAAUGGAGCAGGUGCAUUGCAGCCGGUCUUCAAAGACUCUUUCUUUGACACGGUCCUCACAAUGAUCCAAACUGAUGGAGUCAUCAACGUGGCAUAGCUCUCCAGAGCUGGAGGAUGCCUAAAUGGAUAACUGGCGAAGCAUCCUACGGAUUGAUAGCUGUGUUUUUUUAUACAAUUGAGUGAUCAACCAGUGAUCGUGGAUAAGUUUUAUCAGUGGGAGUGAUGAAUUACAGUUAGUGUGGUGUCUGAAUAGUGGAUUAGAUUAUUGUUAAGGUUUGUUUAGGUGUGAGCUAUCAAUAGUUUGUGGAUAAUAAAAGUUGGUAGAAGGUACAGUGUCGAGACGCAGUUUUAAAGUGGAGUGAUAGUAACAACGAGUUUUAGUCAGUAGUUGUUAGUUGAGUUGUAGAAGAGAAAGAGAAAGAAUACCAGUAGUAACCAGUUAGGGUGUGUAGUAACCGGCGAAAAGUAAUGUGUUCGAUGGACGAGGAGCGUCUCGCGGGCGGUGGUCCGGGUUCAACUACUCCAGGCAGUGGAUUAAGCUCUUCGCCGAAGAGACAACACCUCAAGUCCUCGGUGUACAGGCUGGCGGGCGCCGAGGAAACGGUUCCAAGGGCAUGGCGACCACGCCAAUAGGCGGUCGCCUCCCUAACGUUAACCGCAAAGGAAUCUCGCCAAGCUUGGCGGUACCAGCCUCAUCAACAUCCUCGUCGACAUCAUCAACAGCAUUAACAUCAUUAUCAUCAUCCUCAUCAACGACAACUCCAAUAUCGUCAACAUCCUCAGCUCCAGGUCAGUCUUCAUCGCCUUCCCCGAGCGGUAGCGGGCCCAACAAACGCGAGAAAGCGAGCAGGGAGUAUCACCAGCAUCAGCAGCAGGGCGACCGGUUGGUGGGACGUCGUGAUUCGAAAGCAAGCACAGUGGCUGCUAACGUCGGAGAAACGGACACGGACACGGCCACGACGAAUGUGACCAACAACUUUGAGUACGACGACAAUGAAUGGGACAUUGGCAUAGGCGAUCUGAUAAUCGACCUCGAUGCUGACAUAGAGAAGACGAGGGACGAGAAAUUAAGCUCGGGAAACGGGAUGGCUUCAACGCCUGCCUCGGCAGCAGCCACGAAUAAUCAGAACCAGAGUCACCAGAGUCACCAGUUACAGAGUAACCAGCACCAGGUUAACAACGCUGUUCCCCACCAGAACUCUUUGCCUUUGUCGGUCGGUGGAACCGCACUCUCUAACCAGAACAACCAAAAUCAGUCUUGUUCAUCGUCCUCGUCGUCGUCCUCCUCAAACUCAUCGUCGUCGCCGUCCUGCGGCGGUAAUUCUAACUCCGGGCUAGCCUCCUCCGGGAACCAAAACGCUAAUAAUACCAACUCUAACAACUCUAGCAACAACAACAACAGCAACAACACUAAUAGUAAUAAUAACUCUAACGGUAGUAAUAACUCUAAUAAUAGUAAUAAUAGUAGUAAUAACAGUAGCAAUAGUGGUAACAACAGCAACAGUUUGGUGAACAACUCCAGUUCCGGGAACAACCAGAACAUAGGGGGCGCCACCGGCAACAGCUCGAACGCCGGGAACGGAACGGGAGGCAAGCAGACGAGUUCUGUUAACGCGGUUCACAUAAACUCCGGCAAUCCCGGAAAAAUGGCUGUUGAACACUCGGCCACCGUAGACAAAGGCCUCAAGAUGAAGAUCAAACGAACCAAGACAGGAACUAAGACCAGCGAGACUAAGCACGAAAUUGUCAAGUCCAACGAAAUAAACGGAACCAGUUCCAACCAGGACGGGAACGGUAAUUCCACCUCGUCCAACUCUUCGACGUCUUCCUCGGGCUCUUCGACGUCCUCGAGCUCCUCGACCAGUUCUCAAAACUCUGAUGUUCCUACGGGGAACUCCUCUUCCUCCUCUAACAAGUCCAAGCCACAUUCCCCGGCUUCCGGACCGCCCGCAUCCUCGACGGUGGGUUCCAAAAGAGGCUCCAGUGGUCAUAGGAGGGACAAAGCCAGGGACAAGCACGAAAAGCCCCAGAGCAAUAGUCACGGGCCCCAGCAGAAUAGCAAGCCCGAGAUGAACGGAACUGCCAGGCCGGUGUCUCAGGGUCAAAAUUCCACGGGGGCUGGUGCCCAGUCGCAGGGUCCUACUCCUGCAGCGACUGCUCCUCAGCAACCUCAGGGUCCACCACCCAGUUCUAGAACUGGGUUCCCAGGAGCUCAAGGUGUUGGUCCUCCCGCGACCAGCGCUGCUGCUCCAUGUCCUCCUCCUAGUCCAGCUUCGGCGACUGCUGCUGGUUCCGCCGCGAAACCAGAGCAGACCAAAGUCGCUGCUGUUCCUGGGCCUACUUUGAACACGAGUGUUGACGAGGCUAUGGACACGGCUGCGUGUAGUUCGCCGCCUAUGAAGAAGAUGAAGACGUCUAAUUCUGAGCCAAAGGAUAUGUCUGAUGUCUGCGUCGGAACGAGUGUUGGAACAAUCACAGAACCAGAAUGUCUGGGUCCGUGUGAACCUGGAACCUCGGUGACACUGGAAGGCAUCGUUUGGCACGAGACUGAAGGAGCAGGUGUAUUAGUCGUGAAUGUAACGUGGCGAGGAAAAACGUACGUCGGUACGUUAUUGGACUGCACGAGACACGACUGGGCGCCACCGCGGUUCUGCGAUUCUCCAACGAGCGACCUGGACGCGAGGACCCCAAAAGGCCGAGGCAAACGAGGCCGUGCUGCAGCGAACGCAACGCCCGGGAACGACCUCAGCAACUUCACCGAAACACGGAGUUCCGUGCACAGCAAGCUCCGGAACGGCGGAAAAGGCCGAAGAGGCGCCCAAGGAUCUCCAGCAGCAAGCCCUAGUCCCGCGGCGUUUGUUCCCCCACGGCCCGACCCAGCCGCCAAGCGAAAAUCUCGCGGCCCCGAAGAAGAGGAAAAGAGCAAGCGAAGAGCUCCCCCUCAAACCCCUCCCAGCGGGUCUCCACCCGCGAGUCCCGUUUUAUACGAGUGCCCUGAGCCGAACUGCAGCAAAAAGUACAAAAACCAAAACGGGCUCAAGUACCACCAGAACCACGCCCACGGUUCCGCCGACGAUGAAGACACCAAGGAAGGAGUCACCAGUAUGUCCGAGAACGACGAGAGCAACAUCGAAGCACCCAGUCCCGCAACUCCCGUCAAAUCUCCAGUAGACAAGCCGGAGAGUACUCCAGUGAGAGCCUCCAGUCCGCCUGCAGCGACGCUUCCUCCAGCCACGCCUACUCCUCCUCCCAGAGUCCCCUCCCCCAUGGCUGAUCCCCCAACGCCGAUUCUCGCCGACAAAACGAGUAUAGUCAAGCCUGGAGUCCUCAGGUUCGGGCAAGACGACCUUCCAGCGCCUGCAGCCGCUGCAACGACGGUUCCUCCAGCGACGGUGGUUCCGCCCAGUCCCAGACAGCCCCCGGUGCAGCAAGUCUCGCCUGCGAACCCCCCACCACAAAGUCCCAGUCCCCACCCGAGUCCGCACCCCAGUCCGUCGCCCAGGCCCGUACCGUCGCCGCACUUACCGACAAACAUUCCUCAGCCGAUAAAUAUACCUCAGCCCCCACCACCUAGCCAAGUGGUGCAGCACCAGCCGCAGAACCAGAUCCUCCAGCCGCAGAACCUCACUGGCCAGCCGAUGCAGCCUGGCCAGCUGAUGAGUCCUCAGCCCCAGUUGCAGCCGCAAUUGCAGCCCGCUCACCAGUUACCGCCGGUCCAGCACCCCGUUCAGGCGCAGUUGGGCCAGCCAGCCCCUGCCCACAUGGUCCACCAGCCCGGUCUUCCACCUCAGCAGGCCCCGCCUCAGCAGCAGCCGGGUCUUCAAGCUUUAAACCAGCACCCAGGCCUCCAGGGGCUGACGAAUCAAUUGCCUCAACCUGGGCUCCAGAGCACGCCUCCUUCUGGCCACCCGGUCCAGUCGCACAUGCAGUAUCCCACCGUGGGGCUGCAUCCCAAGAUGCCCCAGUUCAAGGUUAAGCCCACGGCUGCCCUGAUGCCUGAGCAGGACAAGUCCAAGGACCCCAGGUCGUCGAAGCCUCAGGGGUACAAGAAGAAGUCCAGGAAGUCCCCGGGUGGAAGCCCCCACCCGUCGCCCCUUGAGGCCCCGAUCAUCGACUCCGCGAGGGAGGAUGUCCAGAGUCCAGCGUACUCUGAUAUUUCAGACGACGGUGCGCCGGUGCUCGAGGCCGAGUCUGCUGACAAGCUCAAGCAGGGUCAGGAGAAGGACGUCAAGGCUGGGAUGCAGACCCACGUUCCUCAGCACUAUGGAAUGUUCCCUUACUACGGGCAGCCCCCGUAUCUGGUACCCAGUGUCCAGGACAAGCCUGGUGAGCAGAAGCCCAGUGAUUUGACUCCUAAACAGGACAUCAAGCCGCUUAAUAUACCCCAGAUGCCCCUGAUGGCCAGCUUGCAGAACUCCGAGAAGGAGAAGAAGGAGCUCAGUCAGCCACCGCCCCAGCAGCAGUCGCAUUAUUAUAGUAAUUAUGGGACCUACAUUCCUCCUGCGUAUUCCUACCAGCCCCAGCCGGUUGCGCAGCCCCAGCAGCCUCAGCAGCAGGAGAUGGUCGACAGAAUGGACGAGCAGAAGAAUAAAAUUAAGCAGGAAGUUCAGCAGCAGCAGUCCAGUAUCAAGGACAAGCAGCAUGAAAACCAUCAGAUUCUUAAAGAGAGCAUUGAGAUGAAGAGCCAGAUGAGUCCUUAUCAUGUCUAUCACAGCUCACAGAAUCAGAGAGGGCCACCGGUUCCUGGGCCUGUUCAGGAUGACAGAAGGUAUUACUUGUACCCGGGUGAGCAGAGGCGGAAAGAGGAGCCAGUGAAGCCUCCUCAGCAGUCAAAACCUCCACCACCGAGUCCAAAGCACCAGCCGAAGCAGGAAAAGCCGCAAGACCUCGGGAAGAGCGAGGAGUCGAAAAAUAAGCAAGAAGGCGUGAAACCGACAAUGGAAACCCAGGGUCCACCUCCGCCUCCAACUUCGCAGUACGCGUACAUCCACCACCCGAGUUACAUGCCUCCCCAGCACUACGGAGUGCCAUUCGACCCGAACCACUCAGUGUACCGGGGGCUGAGUCCGAUGCUGAUCCCAGGCCCGUUCUCGGGGAACCCGUACCUCCUGCCGAGGUUCCACGCCCCGGAGGACCUGAGCAGACCUCAAGGCGGGAAAGCGCUGGACCUUCUGCAGCACCACGCGAGCCAGUACUACUCGACACACAAAAUCCACGAGCUCCAGGAGCGAGCUCUGAAAUCCCCUACGCCGAAGACUUCAGCGGCGUCGGGCAGUCCCUCGUCGGCGGGUCCAGCGCCCGCACGGCCGCCCAGCGGUCCUCCGACCUCGGUGGCUGGUGGACCCGGGCCACCUCCUGGACAGGGCCCUCAGCAGGGAAAGCAGCAGCCGAACAACCCCCAGCAGCAAGGACCUGGCGACAACGGUAACGGGAACCUCGGAAAAGACACCAGAUCUCCGCCUCCACAGAGGCACGUCCACACUCACCAUCACACCCACGUCGGGCUGGGCUAUCCUUUGAUACCCGGACAGUAUUCCGCGCCCUACGGAGCGGCCGUGCUGGCGAGUCAGCAGGCUGCCGCAGUAGCCGCUUCGGUGAUCUCGCCCUUCCCGCCCAAGUGACCCGCGGCCCCCGGUCCCGGCCCCGCCGCCGGAAACUCCGCACAAACCCACCACACGCACUCCACCGCAACCGCCGCUGGUAGUGGACACUCGCACGGGAACCCCGGCAGACAACCAUAGGACUGUACUGCGUUCGACGGACUUUAAACCCAAUGGAUCAUCAUGAUAUUGCCGAGGCAUAACUACCGAUCCCAGCAAUAAUCAUCAUUAUCAUUUAUCUUCAUUGUUAUUAUUUUCACUAUCGCUGACAAUUAUUGUAUCAAUUCACCAUCAAUGCACACACUGCAUCCUUAUUUUUAUUUAUUAUUUUAAAAUUUUAUAAUUUACUUUUUUAUCUGAAAAAUGAUUUGAAAAAAUUGCAAGACAAU